AUGUCCGCCGACCGACCUCAAAACCACACGCUGAAAGCCAGCUUUGCCGACCGGGCAAGCAAGGCAACGCAUCCUCUGUCCAAUUACUUGCUCCGUCUUAUGGAGCUGAAGAAGUCCAACCUGUGUCUGAGUGCCGAUGUUGCAUCUGCCCGAGAAUUGAUCAACCUGGCAGACAAAGUUGGCCCCUCCAUUGUCGUGCUCAAGACGCAUUAUGACCUUGUAGCCGGCUGGGACUUUCACCCGCAGACUGGCACCGGCGCUAAGCUGGCCGCGUUGGCGCGCAAGCAUGGCUUCUUGAUCUUUGAAGAUCGCAAGUUUGGCGACAUUGGCAAUACGGUCCAGCUGCAGUACACGGCAGGCACAGCCCGAAUCAUUGACUGGGCGCACAUUGUCAACGUCAACAUGGUUCCCGGCAAGGCUGCAGUAAGCGCACUGGCAGAGGCUGCCGCCAAGUGGAGAUCGCGUGUCAACUACGAGGUCAAGACAUCCGUCACCGUGGGCACUCCCGUCAACGAUGCAUUUGAGGAGAACGGAAACUCCGAGGACGAAGAUCGCUUGGCGCCGCUCGAGGCCCACAACAGCAGCGGCAACACCACCAACAACCACCAGGCCACCCACCACAGGGAUGCCGACGGGCGGAAAGGAAGCAUUGUGUCCAUCACCACUGUGACACAAUCAUUCGAGCCUGUAGACUCGCCGCGGUUCGCCACCACUACCGAAGAUGGAGACGACCUGGUCUACGCCGGUAUCGAGGAGCCGCCGUAUGAGCGAGGUCUUUUGAUCCUGGCACAAAUGUCGAGCAAGGGCAACUUCAUGAAUGCUGAAUACACCAACGCGUGCGUAGAAGCCGCGCGGGAGCACAAGGACUUUGUCAUGGGAUUCAUCGCCCAGGAAAGCCUCAACACAGAGCCCUCGGACAACUUCAUUCACAUGACGCCCGGCUGCCAGUUGCCCCCAGAAGGCGAGGAGGAGAAUGGCGUCGUUGCUGGUGACGGCCUAGGCCAACAAUACAACACGCCAUCCAAAUUGGUACAGAUCUGCGGUACCGAUAUCAUCAUUGUUGGAAGAGGGAUCAUCAAGGCAGCCGACCCGCAAGUUGAGGCCACUCGCUACAGACAACGGGCCUGGCAGGCUUACCUCAACCGGAUAGGAGCCAACUAA